AUGCUCCCGUCGUGGGUUCUUAAUUGCUCCACACUUUUCGGAAGGUCUUUGAGUGCAUACUCUGCAUUGAUUGGGGGCAUACAUCAAAAAGUCAAGCUCAACCGUCCCGCGUGCAUCCACCCGCCGUGUGAAGUGGCUAGAGAGCUCGACCCUCACACCCUCACAGUGCGCGCCGCCCUCUCUGAGAUUCUCCACAUACUGAAAUAA